UUGCCUGAACGAAAAAGAAAAAAAUCUAAAAAUCCUCCUUAGUAGCCCUAAAAUCUGAAUCGACCAAAGCACAGUCCGACAGUGAAGAAAAACGCAUGAACAAGUGAGGAUAUUCAGCAAAAAAAUAAUAAUUACUUUCUCAUUUGAUCCUCCAAAUCUUGAAAUUUAAAUAUUCAAAAAACCCCAUCAAACAAGAGUCAAGAUCUGUAAUUCCCUUACUUAGCUAAUGACCCAAAAGCUUUGAUACAGAAAACCAGUUUCUGCAAUGGCAAGCUCAAACAAAGGCAAGAUUAUCUUGUUUUCUUUGCUUUUGUUAUUUUAUGUUUCAUCAUGGGUUUUUAGUGCUUUUGCUGAAAAUGAUUCAAGCUCUGAAUCAGUUAUAAUUGAAGAAGAAAAGUUGUACAAUCAUGAGAUUGAACAGAAAUUUGAACAUGUUGAUGCUUUAGAUGUGUUAAAAAGACACCAACUUCAAUUAGAAAAACUAGAAGAGCUUGUUAAAAAUCUUAGCUUGCUUGUUUCUAAGUUAGAAUCAAGAUUAUUGGAUUACCCUAAAGGUGAAAUCUUGGAAGAUAAGAAGCAGAGUUUUAAAGGGACUAAGCAAGUUGUUUUUGAUGAGAAAAAGAAGAUUCAAAGUGAUGGUUUUGUGGGUAGUAGUGAGGGUAGUUUAUUGGAGAGUAAGGUAGUAGAUGGGGAGAGAAUGGGAGCAGUGUCUGUUACUAAGUAUAGUCCUCUUUGGUUGGAAAGGUUUCAAUUUAUAUCAGCAGUGAGAUUGGGAUCAGAUGCAACAAGCAUCAAUGUGUUGCCAUUUAGGGAUGCUGAAGGAUUGAGUAAGUAUGUUGUCAUUGGCGAUGAUCGCGGAAAGGUGUAUGCAUUCUCCAGAAAUGGGGAAGUUUUGAUUGAUUUUCAGACGUCGUUGAGUUCACCAAUAACAGCUUAUGUGUCGUACUUGUCUGUUUAUAAGAAUGAGAGUUUGGUUGUUACGGGGCAUGAAAAUGGCGGUAUUUUGAUGCAUAGAAUUUGGGAGGUAGUCCCUGAUGGUGAUGACAGGGCUGCUCUUCAUAUGGAAACCGUAAGAAAAUUUGCUUCACCUGAAAUCGAGGAAGGUGGGUCUUCGAUUACAAGUUUAGAGGUGCAUCAUGUUGGAAGAAAUAGGUAUAUUUUGUCCACGGAUUUUUUCGGGAAACUUAGGGUUUUUAGGGAGAACGGCACUGUUUUUGGGUUGACAGUGCCAAAGAGCAGGCCGCUUGCGUUUUUGAAACAAAGGCUUCUAUUUCUAACAGAGACUGGUGCGGGGUCAUUAGACUUGAGGACCAUGAGAAUUAGGGAAUCUGAAUGUGAAGGUUUAAACACUUCUAUUGCUAGGAGUUAUGUUUUUGAUGCAACUGAACGGUCAAAGGCAUAUGGGUUUACAUCUGAUGGUGAUUUGAUUCAUGUGCUACUCUUAGGAGAUAAUAUGAACUUCAAGUGCAGGGUUAGAUCCAAGAGGAAGUUAGAAAUGGCCGAGCCUUUAUCAUUUCAGGCGAUUAAAGGAUAUUUGCUUAUUGCUAACCAGGAGAAGGUAUCACUGUAUAAUGUAUCAUCACAACAUUAUGUCCGGUCUGGUGGACCAAGGCUUUUGUUCUCUGCUGGUCAUGAUGAGAUUGUAGCAUCAUUUUUGAACUAUCAAUCUUUGGAAUUAAAUGAUAAAUAUAAAAAGGUGAUUCCUUUAGUAGCCAGUGAUCAAGAAAAGCUCAUUAUUCUUGGACUGGGAAAUGGUUACUUGGGGAUAUAUCGCUCAAACCUUCCACUUUUCAAAAAUGAGUUCAACACCAUGAUGUGGACGAGUCCCGUUUUAUUUUUCAUCCUUUUCCUUUUAGGUGCAUAUUAUUUUUUUGCCAAGAAAAAGGAAGCUCUUACCUCAUGGGGACCUGACGAUCCUUUCAAUUCGACGAGUGUUACAAGUGGGGCUCCAUUGGGAUCCAGCCAAGGUGACAGAUCUUAUGCUGAUUCAUCGAGGAAUGCAGAUCUUAUGGAUCUAAGGAGUAGCGGCCUUAGAGCUCCAUCUGGAAGGUAUGUCUCUCCAUCGUGCUAUCCUGGUGGAACAACAGGUGCCUAUAGAUCAAAUCCUUCCGAUACAACUUCCAGGCCUUCCUCUGUUGAUCCCAACUUUAGAACUACCUCGGAGUUGAAAUUUAGGGGGUCGAAUCUAGAAACAUCAGGUUUUCCAAAAAGGAGAGAUAGUCUAUUUGUAAACAGUCAAAUUGUGGAUGAUGGCAAGUAAUCUGUAGUUCAUGUCAGGUACAUGUGUUAAAUUCAGCAACCUUACUGUCAUUUUUGACACGUGGGUAAGCUGACAAUCUAUAGCUGUAACUUUGCAACGGUUACUAAUUGUGGUCAGUGGAAAUAAAAAAGAACAUUUUGAGCUUUC